GCCGGCAUGGAGGUCAGCGCGGAGCAGCCCCGCUGGGUCAGCCACCACCACCCGGCCGUGCUCAACGGCCAGCAUCCGGACACGCACCACCCGGGCCUCGGCCACUCCUACAUGGACCCCUCGCAGUACCCUCUGCCCGAAGAGGUGGAUGUACUUUUUAACAUCGACGGCCAGGGCAACCACGUCCCGCCCUACUACGGGAGCUCCGUGCGGACGGCCGUGCAGCGGUACCCUCCGGCCCACCACGGCAGCCAGGUAUGCCGCCCGCCGCUGCUGCACGGAUCCCUGCCCUGGCUCGACGGCAGCAAGGCCCUGGGCGGCCACCACAGCGCUUCGCCCUGGAACCUGAGCCCCUUCUCCAAGACGUCCAUCCACCACGGCUCCCCGGGCCCCCUCUCCGUCUACCCGCCGGCCUCGUCCUCCUCGCUGUCGGCCGGCCACUCCAGCCCGCACCUGUUCACCUUCCCGCCCACCCCGCCCAAGGACGUCUCCCCGGACCCGUCGCUGACCACGCCGGGCUCGGCGGGCUCGGCCCGGCCCGAGGAGAAGGAGGCCAUCAAGUACCAGGUGACGCUGCCCGACAGCAUGAAGCUGGAGACGGCCCACCCCCGGGCCGGCAUGGGGUCGCUCGGGGCCGGCUCGGCCGCCGCCCACCACCCCAUCACCACCUACCCCUCCUACGUCCCCGAAUACGGGUCCGGACUCUUCCCCCCCAGUAGCCUGCUCGGCGGCUCGCCCACGGGCUUCGGAUGCAAGUCAAGGCCGAAGGCGAGAUCCAGCACAGAAGGCAGGGAGUGUGUAAACUGUGGGGCAACCUCAACCCCGCUGUGGAGGAGAGACGGAACCGGUCACUACCUGUGUAAUGCCUGUGGGCUCUACCACAAAAUGAAUGGACAGAAUCGACCCCUCAUUAAGCCCAAGCGAAGGCUGUCUGCAGCCAGAAGAGCAGGUACGUCCUGCGCAAACUGUCAAACCACGACAACUACCCUGUGGAGGAGAAAUGCCAAUGGAGAUCCUGUCUGUAAUGCCUGUGGACUCUAUUACAAGCUGCACAAUAUUAACAGACCCCUGACUAUGAAGAAGGAAGGCAUCCAGACCCGAAACCGAAAAAUGUCUAGCAAAUCCAAAAAGUGCAAAAAGGUGCAUGACAGCCUGGAGGACUACCCCAAGAGCAGCUCCUUUAAUCCGGCCGCCCUCUCCAGACACAUGUCUUCCCUCAGCCACAUUUCACCUUUCAGUCACUCCAGCCACAUGCUGAGCACCCCAACACCGAUGCACCCACCGUCCAGCCUCUCCUUUGGACCGCAUCACCCGUCCAGUAUGGUCACUGCCAUGGGUUAGACUCCCUGCUCAAUGCCUAACGGUCUCAAAAGUGAGAUUCUCCCCCCACUCCCAUCCCCAUCCCCCCUUUAUACUUGCAUUUUUGCAGGAGCAGUAUCACGAAGCCUAAAAUCGAUGGAAAUAUGUCAUUUGAAGGCAGAAAGCAAAAGUGAUGUUUGCCACUUUUUUGGAGGAACUCACUGGGGUGUCUUAUGUUCUCAACCACUGAAUCUGGAUCCCAUUUGUGAAUAAGCCAUUCAAACUCAUAUUCCCUACUUAACAGGGUCUCUAGUGCUGUGAGAAACAACAGCUGAACAUUGCAUAUAACUUAUAUUGUAAGAAAUACUGUACAUUUGAGGAAGACUUUAUUGCAUCUGGGUAGCUGUUAGAAAGGCACGAAGGACACCGAGAAAUGUAAGGAACAUGGGGAGAAAAGGAAGGCGGAGUUAAGAAGAAACUCAAAUCUAACACGUGGAUGGACAGCCCGCCCGUCAUGUUUCUCGUCACCGGCUAUAUCCGUCGGAUGCGUUUUAAAAGUAAAAAAAAAAAAAGGUGUGUAGGCAGAUCUUUCAUUCAAGGCGGAGGGGCCUCCGCUUAAGAAAUACUGAGUUGCGGGUGAUCGCUGUUGACAUGCAGGUAUUGCCGUUUAGGAUUUGCAGACAGUCAUUCUAAUCCAGGCCAAUAUCCAUUGUGAACGAGUCCCUGUAAUUGUUGUUUGUAUGUAUAAUUCAAAGCACCAAAAUAAGAGAGAUGUAGAUUUAUUUCAUCAUAUUAUACAGACUAAAUUGUUGUAUAAAUUUAUUUACUGCUAGU